CACCGACGGUCAACUGCAACCAUCGAUCUACCCAUCAACUCGAAUAAAACGGUUGCAAUCAUAAGCACAGAUCGACUGUAUCAUCGAUACCAAGUUUCUCACUAACAAUCGAAAAUUGUCACAAUGAUGGAAGGAUCAGUCUCUGAAGCCCCCAACAAACACGGGUCGACAAGUAAUCCCGUAGCGACACGUGUCCGCGCUGUUUCGGUUUCCAACGCGUCAUCAACCUCCGCCAGUAAAACCAACAAACGCAAGUCUACCAGUCUGCCCACCGAGACUGUCGAAUACCUAAAAGCAUGGAUGAUGAGCCCGGAACACAUUGCUCAUCCAUAUCCGACGGAACAGGAAAAGGCCAAGAUCAUGGCGGACACCUGUAUCGAAUUGAAGCAACUCACCAACUGGUUCGUCAAUAAUCGCAAGCGCUACUGGAAGCCAAGAGUCGAAGCCCGCGUCCAGACGCAAGCUUCCUUCAAGACUGCCCCAUCCAACACUAGCAAAAACACUGCUGAUACGGAGACCGCCCCGGUUGAUCUUUUCGACCCUGAUUUGGCGAUUGUGGCAACGACAACCGGCUCGGCGAACCAACCAGAGAUCUCCGCUCCGAGUGACGUUCCGUUGGCCAAGAUUGUUUCUGUUGCCAGCUUUCAAGCUCUUCUGGAAAAGGCUUCUGUCAGUCUAUCGCCGAUCAGUACUCACAACUCCGUCUUUCACCACGUGGAAUCACUCCUCAAUGGUCCUUCUCGACUGGUUUCGGAUGCGUCCGACAGCAGCUCGAUUGGAACCGAGGACGAAACCUCGAGCAACACUAGUACCGCAGGGUCUGUCACAACGCCACAGUCGGAGGGCAUCAAGACGGAACAAACAUCGGUUCACAUACUGCGUCAUACCGGACAAGUCCCGACAGUCGAAGAUGUUACGAUCCUUACCAAUGUUCCGGCGGAACGCAUUCUCCGAACCUUUGAUGAUUGCGUCUUGAGUUACCGCGUGCCCACGUCCGGGAAUCGGAAAAAGAGUCAAAGUCGUCGGGACGCCGAAAUCGUACGCACCAAGAAGCACUACCUCAAGGUUUACAUGGCAGAAGUUGCGGAAGCGAGCAAGGCUCGCAACGAGAUCCGUGCUACGGCUUGGACCAAACGAGCCCGAUCACCAGCGGGAAAUGAGGCUACCGCGGAAGACCCUUUGUCGCCCCGCGCUAAGUUUCGCCGGGUCAGUGUCCAACUUUGGCAGGAUGCCUGCCGAUCGGCCUCGCACGGGUAUGACCACGAUGCGUUACCAACCUUGGAAGAAGCUUCGCAGCUUUUUGGCUACAGCAAUAGCGAUUGCGUCGACUGUGUAUCCAACUAGUCUCAAGACGUACCGGGGCCUUCUGUGUUUUUUGGCUCUUUUAUCUGCGCACCUUCACCCGCUCAAUCCACCACUCGCUCGCGGACUGCCUGUCACACAUUCACGUCUUUCCUUCUGUCUCGGCUCGACGAGGCAUCGCAUCACCACUUGAUUUACACUGCCGGCCUGCCGUCAAUCAAGGCAACGGCGUCUACCUAGAUUACGAAUGGCGCCGUGACAAAGCUACACUCGCGGCACUUGCAAUUCGAGGCCGGAUUGCACCCGUUUUCUCCUUUUUGUAUUUGAUCCAUCUACUCAUCUUAUUCGCAAGGGUAUGUUUCCUCAAUGCCUGUUUUCGCACAAAAUAACCACGUUAUAACGAUAGUCCACCAAGGUUUAGCAUC